AUAUCCAUUCAAUACACUAUGAUACCUCUGUCAAAAAUAUCUCCGAAAUAAUUUUAAAUUUAAUUCUCCGAGCCGCUAAAUAAGUGCUGGUAUGUUUCGGUAUUUUGAACACCGCUUGGGCAUUUAUUGGCGUUCCGUCUGCGUUCACACUGACCUCCGUAAGGUUAUCGGCAUAAUUUUGUAAAUUCUCGACUUUGCCGUUUUUCGACUCGAUUCAUUCGUCAAAAUUCCGAAAGACGCGACGCCAUUAGAUCCACUACACCCACGAGCGUUGUCACAUCAGGAUUCGGAUUAGGAUUUCCCGGGUUGAUCGACGAUAAAGGACGAAUAUGCUGCGCUCCCUUGCAACAACACGAAACGAACUCGGGGCCCUUCGCUCCGUGCUCCUGCGAUCGAAUAACGCCACCUAUGUCCGCCGAUCGGCCGGAAAUGUGGUGGUGCGCGCCCUCAGCUGCCAGCUGAUCAACUCCCGGAAUCUCCAGAGCAUCAGGUCAAAACUUACCACUAGCCAGUCACCGAUCGCAUGGAGCUACAACUUCGCCCGUGCCUAUUCCAACCUUCCGGAUCACAUUAGGGUGCCACUGCCUGCUCUUUCCCCCACCAUGGAGCGCGGAUCGAUUGUCAGCUGGGAGAAGAAGGAGGGCGACAAGCUUAACGAAGGUGACCUGCUGUGCGAGAUUGAGACGGACAAGGCCACCAUGGGCUUUGAGACGCCCGAGGAGGGCUUUCUGGCCAAGAUUCUCAUCCAGGGCGGCACCAAGGACGUUCCCGUGGGCCAGCUGCUGUGCAUAAUCGUGCCUGACCAAGGUAGCGUAGCUGCCUUCGCGAACUUCAAGGACGACGGUGCCGGCGCACCACCACCAGCUCCGGCAGCAGCUCCAGCGCCCGCAGCAGCACCAGCUGCAGCACCGCCACCACCACCCGCCGCAGCUCCAGUAGCCGCUGCGCCCCCACCAGCUCCCGCCGCUGCUCCAGCUGCAGCAGGUACAGGGCGUGUGUAUGCCAGUCCCAUGGCCAAGCGACUAGCCGAGGCACAACAGCUGCGUCUACAAGGCAAGGGCAGUGGAGUCCAUGGCUCAAUUAAAUCUGGUGAUCUUGCAGGCCAGAAAGCGGCAGCCAAGCCAGCUGCUGCAGCACCUGCCAAGGCCCCCAGGGCAGCUGGAGCCCGCUACGAGGACAUCCCGGUGACCAACAUGCGCGCAGUGAUUGCCAAACGCCUGCUGGAGUCCAAGACCCAACUGCCUCACUACUACGUCACCGUGCAGUGCCAAGUGGAUAAGCUCCUGAAGUUCCGCGCGAAGGUUAACAAGAAGUACGAGAAGCAGGGUGCCCGCGUCUCUGUGAACGACUUCAUCAUCAAGGCCGUCGCGAUCGCCAGUCUUAAAGUUCCCGAAGCGAACUCGGCCUGGAUGGACACAGUAAUCCGAAAGUAUGACGACGUUGAUGUCUCGGUGGCCGUCUCCACAGAUAAGGGUCUGAUUACCCCCAUUGUCUUCAAUGCCGACCGCAAGGGAGUCCUGGAGAUCUCUAAGGAUGUCAAGGCGCUGGCAGCCAAGGCGCGUGACAACAAACUGCAGCCCCACGAGUUCCAGGGCGGCACCAUCUCGGUGUCUAAUCUGGGCAUGUUUGGUGUGAACCAGUUUGCCGCUGUUAUCAACCCUCCUCAAUCGUGCAUCCUUGCCAUUGGCACCACAACGAAACAGUUGGUUGCGGAUCCUGACAGCCUCAAGGGUUUCAAGGAGGUCAACAUGCUGACCGUCACCCUGAGCGCUGAUCAUCGUGUUGUGGAUGGUGCUGUUGCUGCCAGGUGGCUGCAGCACUUCCGCGACUACAUGGAGGAUCCUUCCAAUAUGGUAUUGUAAGCGGACAGGCACGACACAUCACAUUUAGAGACUCCAACGAAAACAAAAAGGAUAACAAAGUUAGCAUCCUCUCAUUAAGCGAGGAGUUUCAGUCGUCAUGCAAUAUGUAGAAGUGUGGAUUCUAAUCGGUGUUACAUAUGUAAAGUUUUAAAUUGGAUUUAGCUCAUCAUUUUAUCACUUAUAUAUAUAUAGAAAUUAAAUUGUGUAAUAUUUGAUGUAGUUAUGAUGGUCAUCGUUGCCAUGAUUGUAGGAAGAGUACACAAAAUACUUGAAUGAUAUUCGAAUUAACCCACUCACCGAGCUGUAAAUUUCCGUUUGAUAUGCAAAACGUUUUGUAUGCUUUGUUCGCAUAUGUUGAUCAUGAUGGAGUAUGAAAAUGGAAGUAGUUGAAAGUCCAAAGACGCGUUGAAUAAACCCAAAACACUCACAUGAACUAGCCAA